AUGGAUUUUGGAGAAGCUUUUGAUAUAUUUAUUGGCAUUCGAAAUGGUGAUAUUGAAGCUGCCAAUGCACAGUUCAUGAGCCUAAAAGAUAAUGACCCAAAUCAAUUCAUUCGGUCUUUAGUUCAAAUAAUUUGCGAUUCUACUUCAUCUGAUAAGCGCAAAAUAAAUGCAAUCAAAUUCCUUUCUGUCCCUUUGCAGAGGAGUGCUAAUAAUACUUCAGAAUAUCGUCUUGCAGUGUUUGAUUUGGACUUAAUCAAAGAUAUUUUAGCACUAUUAUUUAGUUUUUUCGAGUAUGCCGAUGAAAUUAGCGUUCCAUCUAUUGAAUGCUUUAUUAUUUAUGCAUCAUCUUUCAAGACAGGCUUUUUAUUAACUCAAAUCAAAUAUCUUUUUCAGUCAAUUAACAAUGAAAUUGCCGUAACCUUCUUCGAAAAGCUUCUUUAUACUAUAUAUAAGUGUUUAAAGUGGAUUUGCUUAGGACAGGAUGUAAAUAUUCCACAAUAUUUCCAAAUAAUGAAUGAAUAUCUCGAAAAUCACGAAGUUACUCCGAAAUCAAGAAAAUACUACGUGAAAAUCGUCAAAACUUUACUUUUGCUUUGGCCUCCAUCAGAUUCUCAAAAUCAAAUUUUAUCAGACACUUUUUCAAUCUGUUGGAACUAUACAUUACAAUUUCCGCAAGAUGGCGAUAAACUCUGGAAAAUGAUACUUCCUUUUAACUACUUUUUAGAUGCAAUUCCAAAUCUUCCUGAUUUAGUUUACCAAUCUAUCAUGAAUUCGUUUGAUAUGUGGUCUCUUUUAUCUGUAGGUACAUCUAAGAUAUGCUACCAUAAUCAUUGGGAUUAUAUUUUAUCAGAACACGAAAUUGACGUUAUUAAUUUUGUUGUAAAUCUUUUAACACAAGAAGUUGAAGAAUUUGAUCCAAAAUUAAUACAAACAUCUGUUGAUGCCAUUGUUUUUGCUGUAAGAGAUAAUGGGCCGCCAAGAGAAAUAAUUAUUCAGUAUAUUAGUUCUCAUAUUGAAGAAGUAGAGACAAAAGAAAAGUUUGCAUCAAUUAUUUUGUUGUAUUCUAUUGUUUCUUGUUCAAAUGCAGAAGAAUUCGGAGAUAAUUUUUCAGAAAUUAUAAAAUCAGUGCUACAAGAGAGCUCUGAACUAUCUAUUUUUUAUUCUAUUGAAAUGAUUGGCUUUGCAAUUAACAAAAACUUAUUUGUUGUUGAUGAAGAAAUGAUUCAAAUCAUUGGACAGUUUUUGAAUUCAGAAUCCACAAAAAUUGUUGAUGCUGUGUUACAUACACUUAGUUAUCUUGGCGGAAACCAGGAUUCUGAUAUUAGACAAGCUGUUUUAUCGUUAUUAAUGGGAAUUGUAACUAAUUACGAAAAUGUUGAAACUGUUUCUUCUUGUUUGCGAAGUUUAGAAAAUUAUGCAAUGA